UUAAAUUCUACUGGACAGGACUGAUACCUUUUGUGCAGAUAUUUGAUAAUAUUUGGUAUAAAUGUGAUUAGUAAGACCAGUUGCCAAGCUCAUAGCCAGUUCAAUCCACAUAACAAGAUGUGGAAGUACUUGGUCCUUAUUGCUGUGUUUCUAGUCAUCCUGCAAGAUACUGAAGGAGUAUGCAGACUUCCAGGAACAAUCCAGACUGCUUGCGAAAAUAAGGGAAUAAUUUUACAUUGUGGGAUGCACCAGGUACUGCACGUGUUCGAUGCAAUGUAUGGGCGGGAGGAUAAGCAUACGUGUUCACGCUCCGGGAAACACAAGAGUACAAGUUGCACCGCAAGAAAUGUACUCAAAAAGGUUAAAAGCAAAUGCAAUGGAAGACGCAGCUGUCGUCUCAGAGCACGGAACUCUGUAUUUGGAGAUCCAUGCCACGGAACAUUAAAAUACCUGAGAGUUCGUUAUGAGUGCCGAAGAAGAUAUCGUCCCCGUUAUGGCUGGUGGCACGGUUAGUAAGAAAGUGACGAUGAAAAUAACUGAAAAUUAAAAAAAAUGUUAAGUGAU